AUGUCCGUUUCCUUGAGGAUCGCCUUAAUCAGCGGAAGGGCCGUAUGUGUCGAAGCGGCCUCGGACGCUACACUCGCUGAAGUCGCGCAGCAGGCGCAAGCUGCGUUGGGCGUGGGUCGAAGCCAGCUGUUUGACACUGCCGGAAGCAGGUUGGAUAGCAGCCUGACAGUUCGUCAAGCCGGACUUCGGGCAGAUGACCAGCUGACGCUGUGCAGCAGGGCUGUUCAGGUGGCUGCGAAUCCCUGUGCAUGUGCGGCAAUCCUCGGUGAUGGAGUGGUUGUAACUUGGGGCAGUGACGAACGGGGCGGUGACAGCGUCCAAGUCAAGCUCACGGAUGUGCAGCACAUUCGGUCUUCUUCGUCUGCCUUUGCUGCCUUGCUGAGCAACGGAACAGUUGUAACAUGGGGCGUCUUCUUCGACCCAGUGAAUGUCAGGGACUUCCACAGAUUGAGCACAGUGCAGAAGCUUCACGGAACAAACUUCGCAUUCGCAGCCAUCCUUGCUGAUGGAUCUGCUGUGGCUUGCGGCAAUGGCGACUAUGGAGGCGAUGCAAGCACUGUUCAAGGCCGACUUAAGGGUGUGCGGGAAAUCCAAGCAAACGAUUUUGCCUUCGCUGCCAUCCUGGAAGACGGUUCGGUUGUAACGUGGGGCAACCCAAGGGCAGGCGGUUACAGUGAGGCUGUCCAGGCAAAGUUGGUCGACGUCCAGUGCAUCCAGGCUACAUCUGAGGCUUUUGCUGCUGUCCUGCGUGAUGGAUCGGUGGUGGCUUGGGGCGCUCCCAGGUUUGGGGGUGACUGCGGCGCCGUGCAGGCGAAACUAAAUGAUAUACAACAUGUGCAAGCAACAAGAGCCGCAUUUGCUGCCAUCUCAAGCAAUGGAUCUGUGGUGAGCUGGGGCAGCCCUGCCCAUGGUGGCGACAGCAGUCAUGUCCAGGAGCAGCUGCGGGGUGUGCUCUAG